AAACGCCUUCGUGUAAGCAUACGCACACACAUCACGUAGUAGUAUUAGGAUUGACCUUAAGUCAAGCUAUACAAAGAUAAGGAUCAUCUCUGACAACCUGCCUUGUAUACAACACACAAGCACAGCAUCACGUACAAGUUACAUAUGACACGUACACGUAUACAAAGCCUAUCAUUUGACAGCAUGCACCUGUCGAUCGCCUAUAAAUUCAUCUCCAGUUCGUUCAUCCUCUUCCAUAUCUCAACCCCUCUCGCUUGAUAGUACGUCUCAUCUAAGCCUCGUAUCCAUGGCGGCAAAGAUGGCGAAGAACGUGGACAAGCCGCUCUUCACGGCGACGUUCAACGUCCAGGCCAGCUCUGCCGACUAUGUCACCUUCAUCAACGGCAUCCGCAACAAGCUCCGCAACCCGGGGCACUCCUCCCACAACCGCCCCGUGCUGCCGCCGAUCGAGCCCAACGUCCCGCCGAGCAGGUGGUUCCACAUCGUGCUCAAGACAUCGCCGGCAAGCACCGGGCUCACGCUCGCCACCCGCGCCGACAACCUCUACUGGGAGGGCUUCAAGAGCAGCGACGGCACCUGGUGGGAGCUCACCCCCGGACUCAUCCCCGGCGCCACCCACGUUGGGUUCGGCGGCACGUAUCGCGACCUCCUCGGCGACACCGACAAGCUGACCAACGUCGCUCUCGGCCGGCAGCAGAUGGCGGACGCGGUGACCGCGCUCUACGGGCGCACCAAGGCCGACAAGACCUCCGGCCCGAAGCAGCAGCAGGCGAGGGAGGCGGUGACGACGCUGCUCCUCAUGGUGCACGAGGCCACGCGGUUCCAGACCGUGUCGGGGUUCGUGGCUGGAGUGCUGCACCCCAAGGAGAAGAAGAGCGGGAGGAUCGGCAAUGAGAUGAAGGCCCAGGUGAACGGAUGGCAGGACCUGUCCGAAGCGCUGCUGAAGACGGACGCGAAGCCCCCGCCGGGAAAGGCGCCAGCGAAGUUCACGCCGAUCGAGAAGAUGGGCGUGAGGACGGCGGAGCAGGCGGCCGCCACCCUGGGGAUCCUGCUGUUCGUCCAGGUGCCCGGUGGGAUGACGGUGGCCCAGGCGCUGGAGCUGUUUCAUAAGAGUGGGGGGAAAUAGGUAGUAGUUGUGCAGGUAUAUCUGCAUGGGUAUUGUACAAGUCGAAUAAACAUGUCACAGAGUGACUGAAUGAUAUAAAUAAAUAAAUGUCACAGAGUCAGUGAAUGAUAUGAAUAAAUAAACAUGUCUAGUUUA